AGAAAGAGAGAGAGAGAGAGAGAGAGAGAGAAGCUGCUGAAUGGGGAAAAUUAGGAAUUGCUCAGUUUUAGGUAAUGGUCACUGCGAACCAAGAGUAAAGCACUUUCUUCAGCCAAGGAACCCUUUUCUACCUUAAAGGCUUGGUGUCUCUACUGUGUGGACUUCAGCAACCAGAAUUCUCAGCAAUAGCUAUAUCUGGUUAUGGGAUUGAACUGAACACAUUGCCCAAGUUUGAGAAGACUGAACUGACUGUCAGUUUUACAGUGUCUGAGACUUGUCAUAUUCAUCGUAUUUACUCAUCAUUUAAUUGCACUGUAUUCUUUUCUGGAAUUAAUAUGCACUGAAUUUAGAAUACAUUUCAACUCAGAAGAGAUGCUGUUGGACGUUUCCUAAUCGGUUCUUCUUGGGUUAAAGAUGGGAAUUCAAAGAAAAUCUCUUAAACAGCAAAUGGCAUGCCUCUAAAACUGAGUAUGGGAAGAACAAAGCAAGUCCUGGGAUCAUAACCACCCACAGUACAUAUCUUCAGAGGUUAACUUGAAACAGACUUUCACAUCAGUGCUCUGCAUUGCAUUUCAACGUGUCCUUCACCUCCCCAUCAUGCCAACCGUACCUGAAGAUGUCAGGCAGCCAACUGAGACACAGCAUGCAAAUUUGCCCUCUCUUGUCAAAGAGUCCUCUGCUGAAACAGCUACAUGCAACACACCUUCAAUAAUUCUUCCAGAGUGUGCCAUUAGACCAGGUACCGAAAGAGACACAAAUGUACCUCUCAGGCCUGUUAGCCCUCAUCUGCGACAUUCUAACAGAAAUGCUAGAAAAUCAGGAAGCUCUUUGACUUCUGUAGAUAAUGAAGGUCAUGUAAUUGAUCUCCUACAUGACCAACUGCCAGAUAUACAAAUAUCUGAUGAGGAUAAAAAGAAGAACUUUGAACUAUUAGAAGAAGCAAAGAAGGUGAGUGAGAGGUUCCUCACACGUAGAGGAAGAAAAUCAAGAAGCAGCCUUUCAGAAUCACCCACAGCUUUAUCUCCAUCACUAAGCCCCAGUGUUUCACCUGCUUCAUCUCGGAGCAACUCAUUGACUCUUCCAGAUCCAACAGAUUCUGAUAUGUGCACGUCAAGUGUUGAGUCGGUGUCUCCAUUGCAGAAUCCCACAAAAGGAGUACCUAAUCGAAAGGAGAAUGAUCAAAGAAAAGCUUCUCAGGGAAGAAUGGUUCCUGACACAACUGGUUUGGAAAGUCCAAAGGAGAAGGUGUCUGAACAAAAGGAGAACUUUGAUCCAUAUAAACAUAUGGAUAAUCUGCCUCAAUUCUGCACUUCAGAUCCCAGCACUGGCAAAAUAUCUCUAAGUAGCAAGAACUUCUGUGAAACUGAAUUAGGGAAAGAAUUCCCUAAAAAAGUUAAAGGAAAUGACUUUCCUUUCAAAAGUCAUUUACCAGAACCAGGAAUGAUUGCACUGGGCACAAAGUUAAAGGGCUCAGCACCACUACUGAAGGAUUCCAACAUUUCUAAUAAAACUGAAUUUAAUGCAUCUAGUAACCGCUCUCCUCUGCUACGAGCUAUGUCAUGGGAUCAUCCUGAACCAUGUAAUGUAGAAAAAGCAUCUUUCAGUUCACCCGAAGAUAUUAAAAACUGUGCUGGUAAUGUAGCAGCUGGUAAUAUAGCAGCUAAGCUUCCACCAUUCAAAGACCUUCAAAUACAAGUUCAGCCAAUUCGAAUGCAGAAACUUACGAAGCUCAGAGAGGAACAUAUAUUGAUGAGAAAUCAAAAUUUAGCUGGACUUAAACUUCCUGAUCUAAGUGAAGCAGCUGAACAGGAAAGAGGCGAAAGAGGGUCUUCACCAAUCCCUUUCUUAGUGGAGGAAGAAGAAUCAAAGAAUAGAUGUGAUGUCAUGCCCAACAUUCCUGACAUUCUUUUACGAAAACUUCGUGUACAAACACCAUUUUCAGGAAGUUCUCCACCACUUACUGAACGAGAGGUUGAGAAUGUAUUUGUACAACUUUCAUUGGCAUUCAGAAAUGAUAGCUAUACAUUGGAAUCAAGAAUGAAUCAGGCUGAAAGGGAAAGAAAUAUUGCUGAAGAAAAUACAGAGAAGGAAUUAGACAACUUCAGGGGAGCAGUUACGUCUUCAGCUUCCUUGUGGCAUCAUUCUGAACAUAGAGAGAUGUACCAGAAAUUAUUGGAAGACAUUGCUGUGCUUCAUCGUUUGGCUUCAAGACUGUCCAGUCGGGCUGAAAUUGUUGGCGCUGUUCGUCAGGAAAAACGUAUGUCAAAGGCCACUGAAGUUAUGAUGCAGUAUGUAGAGAAUUUAAAAAGAACAUAUGAAAAGGAUCAUGCUGAGCUCAUGGAGUAUAAGAAACUUGCUAAUCAGAAUUCCAGCAGAAGCUAUGGUUCUCCAGAUGACGGUGUGCCUCGGACAUCAAGAUCCAUGUCUCUUUCCAUUGGAAAGGUGCCUCGAAGGAGAGUCAGCGUUGCUGUUGUUUCAAAGUUUGAGCUCCCAGGCCAGUCACCUAGCCAGUCGCCCGUACCUUUGGUGUCAUCUUCCCUGUCUGAAUCAUCAAAUGGAAGAAGCAAUUUGACAUCAACUCCAGUCUUACCUGUAGUUACAGAGAAUGCAAAACCAAACAGCGACCUGGAUUGUGAGCAACCUCCUUCAGGAUCAACAGAAAGUGGCUUGGAAGAAAUCAGCCCAGAGGCAAAAGCCAAAAUAGAAGAGGAAGCAUAUAACAAAGGCUAUCAGGAAGGCCUAAAGAAAAACAAGGAAAGUGAAGAGCUGAAAGACAGUGAAGAGAAAAUUCAUGAAAAACUCAAGGAUUUUUUGCCCAUGGAAAAUGACAAGAGUACCAAGCCACAGAGCAAACUUGAAGUUGUUAUCCAUUAUGUACAGAUACUGUAUCCCAAACUGCAUAAACACUGGAAUGUGCUCUGGAUUGUAGCAGCCAUUAUUACAGUUUUUGCUGUAGUGCUGGGAACCUCCUGUUUAUACAAUUACUUCUUCUCCUAUACGGAGAGAUCAGAUGGAGCCCAAGUGAAACCUGCCUGCUCUGCUGCCCAUCGGUACUCUUGGGGAAAUUCAGGACUGCAACAUGACCAGUAACAAAAUCACGCUGGAGGGGUGGGGAGAGGGAGAACCCAUUGAAGAGACAACAGGAAUAACCUUUUCAAAACUUGAGAUGAACAAUGCAGAGUGCUGUCACUCCUGUGAUGGUUACAUGUAAUCAACAACCCACUGCUUCGUUUCUUUUGUGUCAUCAGUUUUGUGAAUGCAUUGUGGUUUUUAAUUAUCCAGCCACGCCAGCCAAUAAAUCUUGUUUUCUCUGUUACGGUAAUUGUUAUUUGAUUGAUGUGCCUGAAUAUUGGAAGAAUUGUAUGGGAAAUACCAAGAUAGCAGUCGAUCAAAACCUGGGGUAGAGAAGUUCAUCAGUGGAAUGUGAAGUCCAUUCCUUCUAUAGAAUGUCACAACAGACUUCCUGCUAUAUAAAUGUUAGCAUUAAUUCUUCCUAUCAAUUUCAGCUUGGCUGUUGUUCACUAACAUCUUAGAGAUCUGCAUUUGAUCUCACAGUCACAGGGAUGAGCUAAUGCUAAAACUGCAAAACUCUGAAAUGUUUUGUUAUAGGCAGAUUCCAUACUUAUGAGACAAGACCCUUUCUACCUUCACCACAAAAAAUAGGUGACAGGCAGGCUAGGGGCAUGUUUUUUUGUUAAUUACAUUUUUUUUAAAAGUGAAACUUUACAAAAACUACAUCUGUAAAGUUCUACCAUGUUCCAAUAAGAUGAAAUAAUAUUGUAGUAAUAGUUAGGUUCACAGAUCAUACUAAUCCAUAUUUAUUUUAUUGCAUUUUAUGGAAUAAACCAUAGUCGGCUAGAUUUCACACCUCGGUCCAAAAAUAGGCCGAUGAAAACAAACUAAUUUUUGCUGAGUGUGUAAAUUCAGGCAACGUGUUGUAUGUAUCAGUUUGCAAACCAUUGCCUCAUAAGUACAGAUAGUCCUCAACGUACGACCAAAACAGAACCCAAAAUUUAUGUUGCUAAGUGAGAAAUUUGUGAAGUGAGUUUUGUCCCAUGUUAUGACCUUUCUUGCCACAGUUGUUAAGUGAAUUACUGUAGUUGUUAAGUUCUUAAGUGAAUCUGGUUUCCCCAUUGACUUUGUCAGAAGGUCACAACAGCUGAUCACAUAACUCCAGAAUAAUGCAACCAUUAUAAAUUGUCAUCAAACUUCUGAAUUUUGAUCACAUGACCUUUGGGAUGCUGCAAUGAUCAUAAAUGUGACAAGUGGUCCUAAGUCAGUUUUUUCAGCGCUGUUGUAGCAAUUGCAAUAGCACUUAGACUUAUAUACUGCUUCACACUGCUUUAUAGCCCUCUCUAAGCAGUUUGCAGAGUCGGCAUAUUGCCGCCAACAAUCUGGAUCCUCAUUUUACUGACCUCGGAAGGAUGGAAGGCUGAGUCAACCUUGAGCCUGGUGGGAUUCGAACUGCCAAAUUGCAGACAGCUGACAGUCAGCAGAAGUAGCCUGCAGUACUGCAUUCUAACCACUGCGCCACCAUGGCUCCUCAACUCCUCCUUGUAACUUCAGAUGGUCAUUAAGAGAACUGUUGUACGUCAAGGACUAUCUGUAUAGCAAACUUGAAGAACUGUAUUUCUGGUGAAGUGUGAGGGUGAGCAAGGCAAGGAGGUGUGGGUUUUAAAUGACAAAUGGGGGCAUUCUUACAAAGUACUAAUCAAUUAAAUAAAAUACCUAGGGUUUCCUCCUUAUUUUUGCCAUUUCAGAACUAAGAUCUUAAAAUCCAAACUAAAAGUAGUUUAAGAGAUAGAAUGUGAACAUUUGCCUAAUCUCUGUUCUCUUUAUUCUGGUGAACCAGGAGGUCUUUUUCCCACAACAAAAUAAGCCAUGAUUUGAUUUGGCUUUGGCUUAGUAUGAUCAAUGAACCCUGUUAUGGUUUAUCGUUAUAUACACAUCAGGCUGAGGUUUGUUUCUCAUUUUUAAAAAAAAUCGUGUGAAAAUGCUGUUAACACCUCAACAGCAAAACUCCUUCAUAUUCUGUAGUGAACAUUAACAUACACAAUUAAAUCUAAAUGUCUGGAACAAAAGACAGCUUCUUAGUAGGUUGGCAGGAGAUGCUGGGUGAUAUGUGAUUUCUGCUCCUUGGAAUCAGAACAGAAGAUUUUUGUUCCCGAAAGUAUAAAUAGAUUUCCUGACACAAUUCAAAGUUAGGAAACAUCAAAUUGCAGGCAUAACUGCGCAUUAAGUAAAAGUCAACUGAAUAGCACAAAUAGAAGUGCUUAAAGAUCAGAGUGAAAGAACGGCUCGCAGUUCAGGCAUUCCUUUCUGGUUCAUUUCAGCUACUGAAAAUAUUUUAAAAAUACUGAGCAUAUUUUUUACUAAUUUGUAAAAUUGUUUCUUGGCAAAAACAUGAUGCAUGCUGAGAGCUCUUCUCACAAAUUGACUUGCGUUAUUUGGUGUACGAAAGGGGCUAUUUGACAAAAACAUUCAGGAUAUGAACUUUUUUUUUUAAGUGUGUAUGAGGGUGAGGUUCCGUCCUACCUCAUGUGGUUGGACGUGAGUGACUUGUGGUCCAAGGCUAAUAGGCAGCUUGCAGUCCCCAGAAUCCCCUAGAUCAGGGGUGUCAAACCUGCAUAAUCACAUUGUCGUCACGUGAUGUAUUGUGACUCCCCCCCUCUUUGCUAAACCGGGGGUGGGCGUGGCCAGCACAUGACACAUCUGGCCCACGGGCUGUGAAUUUGACACCCCUGUCCUAGAUGGUGCCACCAAUCCAGAAUGAAAAAGGAGGCAAGUUCUAGCAGCAUUUGCGGGGAGGUUUUUUUUGCCCCCAUAGCUGUUAAAUGGGUAUGACAAACCUCUUUAAGGCUUAAAAGCACUUAUUAAAAGUACUUAUGUGGAUCUUCACAUUUUCCAAAUUUCAAAAAACAAAUGAACGAUUGUGCAUAAAAUGAUUGGUCCUAUCACUUACAAUGUUGUCAGAAUAUUCCUGUAGCAUUCAGGCUGAAGCACAUCGCAAAGCAGAGAUCCAAUAUGGGAAAAACAAAAUCUUCCAUUCUGUUCUACACCUUGAGAAGUUCAAAAAGGCAGAGCCCAGAGUAAAAAUUUAGCCCUAGAUUACUAGAUAGCUGUCCUUCAAAUAUAAUAAGCAGGAAAUAGGUAUGAAAUUGUUUGAAGUAGAAGCUUCUCCAAAAAACAUAAUUUUAUGUUUUAUGUUAUACAUAAUGCAAGUUUUAUGUUAAGUAGUUUUGAAUACCUAGAGGUUAAUAAGUGAGGCGGCUACCACUGAUGCUCAACAUAACUUGGUGUAUAAUUUUAGCAUUGGAUCAAUCUCUAAAGGGCCAUAGGUAAAUAAAAUAAUGGCAUUAAGCAUGUUGAGUAAGGCUAGUGAGAAUGUGUAUUAUUGACUGUCAAACUGGAAGAGUGAAUGAAAGAGGCUGAGGAAUGAAAUCAAUUGCUGUCCUUUGAAUUAAGUAACUUCACUAAUAAGAUAUAUCUACAAUACAGUUUUCAUUUCAUGUAACAAAAAAGAUCGUAAAAUGCUUUAUAAACAAAACGUUAAACAUGUUUACUCAAAUUAAGAAUUAAUGGGCAAAUAAAAAAAUGUUGGAACAAUUGAUUCAUCCUAUAGAGUAGAAUAUUAUAUGCAAAGUGAAUGACUGUCUUUACAAGGCGAAGUACUUAGACAAAAAGUUUUUUUCUUCAGCUAUCUCCAGACUAUUACUUUUUCAUUAAUAGGAUUUGAAGUCACCUAUAAUUAUAACGCUUAAAAUUAGCUCAUUGGUGGUUAUUGGCAGACUGAGAAACAAAUAAGUAACCCUCUUUUGUGAAAAAUAAUUUUUAAAAACCAAAUCCUUGUUUCAGUACAUCAAAACACAGACAUUUUUAUAUUUUCAAAUUUAUAAGAUUUAUACACAUAAUUGACUAGAUCAUCUUACUCCAUUUGCACCAAAUAAGUGCUAUUUCAAGGUUUGAUUGGUUGGGGUUUUUCCCCCCCUGAAGUGCAAUAUUUAUUUAUUUGGCUUUAACAAGACACAUUUGUUUCUUGUGCACAGCACUGGUAUUUUAAGUAGGAGGAAUUCAAGCGUCACUAUUUUUUUGUUUAAAACUUGUAAGACUUUGCACAGGUGUGCUAGUAUUGUACUGUAUAGCAUCACAUACUUGAGUUUUGGAAAUAAAAACAUUGUUUCAGAAUCUUUUGAGUUACUCAUAUGUGAUUUGAUGUUUGUGCAUAUAAUAACAAUUCCUGUAGAGAACACAUUGAGAAGAGGAAGAGAAGAGAAGAGAAACUAAUCAGCAUACAUUAAAAUGAAAUUUCAUUGCAUUGCAUUCAGCUCCCAAACCAUUAGAUAACCAUUAUGCUUAUACCCACAUACACAGGCAUGUAUGACACAGAGGAAUUUUAGUAUGAACAUACUAAGAUUUUUAUUCUGCCAGAUUUUGCUUUAUUGGCAUAGAAUAAACACUGAAGAUCACAAUUGUUCUGUCUUCAUAGAUAGGAGCCUUGCCCAUAAACCGACAAGGAAGCAAAAAAUGAUGAUUGUUCAUUUUCAGACUUCCUUUGCGUUUUAAAGGCAUUUUGUAUCAUUUCUGGACAGGACUGGCCGAUAACAUUUUGUUGUCUGAGGCAAAGCAAGUGGUACCUCCACCCACAGGAUGCACGGUACCUAAGGCAAUUUUGGAACAGAGGUCAGAAAACUGAGCAAAUACUACUUUCGAUCCCUACUAUUGUCAGUUCCAAAGCUGACAACUAUAGUCAAAAUUGCUUUCACUUAAUGUAUUUGGGAAAUGAUAUGAAUAAAUGUUGCUCAAUUAGAACUCUCAGUAGCCUCAACUAGAAUGGUGAGAGUAGCUGGGAUUUGUGGUUAAAUAACCUCUGGAAGCAUAGUGAAGAGAAGGACCAGGGGAGACAUGAUAGCAGUGUUCCAAUAUUUAAGGGGCUGCCACAGAGAUGAGGGAGUCAAGCUAUUUUUCCAAAGCACCUGAAGGCCAGACAAGGAAUAAUGGAUGGAAACUGACCAAGGAGAGAUUCAACCUGGAAAUGAGGAAGAACUUUCUGACAGUGAGAACAAUCAAACAAUGGAACAAUUUGCCUUCAGAAGUUAUGGGAGCUUCAUCACUUGAGACUUUCAAGAAAAGAUUGGACUGCUAUUUGUCAGAAAUGGUGUAGGGUCUCCUGCUUGAGCGGGGGGCUUGGACUAGAUGACCUUUAACAAAUUAACUGUUAAUCUGUUAAACUACAUAAUGGUGUCAAAUAGUAAUAGUCAAAGUUGAUAGGACUCCCAAAUUUUAGAAUGUGGUCAAGUAACGUAGUGUGGAGAACAGACUAUCUGGUCAGAGACACAUAAAAUGGAUUUUUUUAACAUACCUAUUUACUGAAAAAUAACAAAACGUUAAUUAACUGAAAUAUAGCUAAAAAUAUAAAAUUAUAUUGAUAACAUAGGAUAUUAAAACAGAUGGGACUUGGGAAAUUAAAAGCUUACCCUAAGUAAAGAUUUUUGGGUUUCAAAAGAAAUGGAGGGCCUCUUUUUUGGCAACUUCUUAAUUCUAGGAGGAGCAACCAAGAAAGAUCUGUCUUGGGUCAAAACUGGCCAAGUAUGUAUAUUUAAUCUGGAUAUUUUUAGUGUUUUUAUGGUUUUGAAAUGUUUUAGAUUUUUAAUUGUCACAUUUUUAAAAAAAUUGUAAGCCACUCAGAGCCA